AUGAGCGGUUCUGACAGCUCUGAGGAUUUUUCUUCUUCUUCGAGCCACGACCGCGUUUUGAUCCUUGCAGGGCCUCUGCCGCCGUUUCGGCCAGUUUUGUUGCGCCCCAGAGCCUUCUACGACGAUCUGCUGCGUGAUCAGGUUGCCGCUCCCACCGGCCUUUGGUCUUGGGUCGCUGACAGCAAUUUGGUUGCCGUGCUUCUGAGCCAGAGCGAGGGCUCCAGGAUUUUGCUGGCACUUCCUUUCCGCAGCUGGCCCUCGCUGCUCUGCACAGCCAAAGGUCCUCACGCUUGCUUUCGCGUAUUGCUCACUUUGCCUUCUUAA